GUGACAUUUUAGUUUUUAAUUAUCUUUGCUUUUUAUUAUUGAAAUGGAUAUUAUCCCACUCUCUAACGUGCAUGGUUGUUGACCAACAUAACUUGGUUGAGCUUCUUUAUCUCCAUUUAUUUAGGAUCAAUAACAAACCUAUCUUUUCCUUAUAAAACUUCUACAACGCAGCAAUAGAAGGUAGCUAGGCUCUUAAGCUUUAUUCUUUUAUAUACUUCGUAUACUCGUACUAAUUAAUAUACUCCUUGACAUACUUUGUUUACUCUUCUUCUAUGGAGUAAUACGAAGUAUAUAAACACCCCCAUAUAUAUUACUAUUAUCUUUAAAAACACUGCUGGAUUAUAUUACAAAAUGAUAAAUUCUAUCCUCGUAGUUCUGUGUCCGGCGAUUCGCCGAUGGGCUCGUUAUAUCCUGGGGAAAGAUUUCCGGCCACCGGAAAUACUUUCUUAAGGACAGCGUCUGACGCGUCUCGAGCCAUUGUCUUUCUUGUUAUUUUUGUGUGCAGGAACUAGUUUCCGGAUGAGAGCAGAAGAGGGCGACAACCACGCUUAGAAUUGCCAUUGGAAGUUUCCGGAGAGGAAGGAAGAAGAAGCAGUUCGCUGGAAGACGUCGGCCUAUGAUGGUGGCGAUAAUAAUUCCCCAACAAUCUUAAGAAAGUAUUUGGCAAGAAUGAAACACAACACUUCCCUAUGGACCGCUGCUUGUUUUUGCUUGUUCUCCCAGCGAGUAAUUUCUUCCAAGACAUAUGCGCGCUCCUGUGGCUUUGAGGCACCCAAAUGGAGAAUAUGGUACUUCUGUUAAUUAUUUUAUUAACAACCAUUUUAUCUAUUUUAGUGUUGCAUGCGUAUGUGUGUUGCGAGUUGUUGAAUUUUUUACUUACCUUUAUACUUGUAAUUAGCCUUAGUUUAAUCCCUGUUAUUUUAAUGAUACUGUCUUUAGUGAUAAAAAGACGACUAUGGAAAACAACACUCCACUUAAAUCAAGUCCAAAGUACUUGAGUAAAAGUGAUGAUAAUGUAUUGUGGUUGUUUCUCAAAGAUGUAAAAAUUAAUGAUGCGAAUGAGUGGAAGGUAGACUCUGGGCUACCAAACACAUUUGUAAAAACAAAAAUGCAUUUACCUUCUAUAUCACUAUAUAUAGGAGAUGACGAAAAGCUAGAGUACCUAGCGGACUCAAAUCGUAAACUCACAUCGGGAAAAACUUUAUCAUUAAAUGGCGUGUUCCAUGUGGCUAAGAUUCGGACGAAUUUAGUAUGGUCAAAAUGAUGUUUUUUAUGGGCAAAGGCUAUUGUGAGAUAAAUGUUGUGUGUUUAGUAUUUCUAAUUAUUCACAUUCGUUGGAAUUUUCCAGUUUACCUGAGUUAGUAAUCUCAAUUGCUAUUAUUUCAUCAUUUUACUGCCUACCGUGUCAUACUGAGUAUCUUUGAAAAAUGUAUAAAUUCUUGCUAUUAUAUUGUGUUCACUGGUGUAUAUAGUUUUAAUUUUGGUAGUAAGUAAAUAAUUGUGCUUGUUGAAAAAUUGAAAGCAGCAUCGGUAAAGCUUAAUUUGAAUGCAUGUUACGUAAAUCAGCAUUCAUGAUAUUUGCUUGAUUGAUUUGUUAGAAGAACUCGUUAAUUGGUCAUACUUUUAAUUGGUUUUAAUUGGUGAGGUAAGAAUUCUAUUUGCAUGCAUGCGGCCUGGUUAGUUGUUUUGGAUGACUAUAUUUUGUGCCCUUUCUUUCAUAUGUGAAAUAUAUAUGAGCCUAAUUUUUAAAUAUAUAAAAUGUGGGGGUACUUAAAUAUUUUUGGCUUGCUCAUAGUGAUGCAACCUAAUGACAUACUCCGCAUAAUAUCUGUUUUGCACGUAUGUAGUAGUUCUACAAACUAAAUAUAUUAUACUGCCUAUUUAUUAAUAUGUAUGUGGUGAAUUUCGUAAAUAGCAUAUGGAAUUAUUAUGCAUGCUAUUAUUUGUUGAUAGCUGUGGAACUCAGUCUAUAUUGGGUUGAAUAUAAGGCAAGUAUAUUUGGUGAUUUUAUAGAAAUUUAUUUUGAUUCUUAAAGUGUGAAUUUGUGAUUAAAAAUCCACAAACUAUGUUAAACCUGACAUAAAAUGUCAGAAGAUUGAGCCAAUAUAUUAAAUCCAAACGGGAUAGUUCAGAUACCAUUAAUUAUGGCAUACAUUUGAUUGAGAUUAUCCGUUGUAAUAAAUUGAUUCAACGAUGACAUGUUUUAUUGAGAAAUAGUCAUUGUACUAGAGUAGUACAAUGAUGUUAUAUGAUAUAGUUAUCCAUUGUAUUAUAAUGAUACAAUAAUGUCAUAUAGUUUAUUGAGAGUUAUCCGUUGUAUUAAUUAUCGGGAUACAACGAUGUCAUCUGAGUUGAAUAUCACACAAGUGAUGUUGAGUUUCACAUUGGAGAAAUAAAUUUUAAUGUUCAUUAUGAAUAUUAUAAUAGUGAGUUUGUUAAAAAUAACAAACUGUGUGAAACCCGACGUAAUGUCGGAAGAUAGAGCAAAAUUGUGGAAUCACGAAAGUGUAUUUGGUGAGCUAAACCAUUGUAUUAAAGACAUACAAUGAUGAUAUGAUUUUACGUGAUAUUGUUGUAUAGACGUAUACAAUAAUACCGUAUGAAUUAAAUAUAAAGUUAUUAUUAAGUUUGACAAGAGGAGUUAAUUAUCUCCUUUGGCGCGCGAAAAUCCGGAUAUUAUCAUUUUUAUACAUCGAGGGAAAUGGACUGUCACUUGUUAACAAAUAGGGAUGGUAACCCAACUUGUGCGAUUGGAGAUCCCAUGAAGCAAGUUCAUAUGGGUAAUAACAAGUCUUCUAUUUGUUCCUGCUAGCCUAUUAUGUUCAUUUCUAGGGUGAGGCUAGACUGCAUUCGCUGUGAGGCUGAGCUAAAACUCUUAAUGAUUUUCAUAGCCUUAUGGCUGGUGUGUUAAGUGCAGAACACACUUGAUGAGGUCACCUAUAUGAGUGUGAGGUGGGGCCGCCUCCAUGAAGCAUGACAACGCUUCUAGAGCACUCACGAACACCAGGCACGCGCACGGCCGAAAGGCGCACCACGGCGUUAACGCGAGGAAUUGUGGGGGGUGAGACAUGGCCAUUAAGACCCUGACUUACCAUAGUAGCUUACUGGUUCAUAGAAACUAUAUGUUUCACCAGAAGCUCGGUUUGUAAAGACUUAAUCGUCUUGGUUUGGUUCAUAGUUUCCGGACACCAGACUUAAAGUCUCAUUCCCGUUAAUCCAGCGGAUUUUCUAAAUUGCAGAUUUUCAAAAUUAUUUUAACCUUAAAUUUUUAUUUGAAAUAUGUGGGGGAUUGUUGGAAAAUUAGUGUAUUUCAAAUAAACAAAUUUAAUUGUAAAUGGAUAACGUAUUUAAUUUAUUUUGGCCGAACCUUUCCUAAACGUGGUGACAUUUUAGUUUUUAAUUAUCUUUGCUUUUUAUUAUUGAAAUGGAUAUUAUCCCACUCUCUAACGUGCAUGGUUGUUGACCAACAUAACUUGGUUGAGCUUCUUUAUCUCCAUUUAUUUAGGAUCAAUAACAAACCUAUCUUUUCCUUAUAAAACUUCUACAACGCAGCAAUAGAAGGUAGCUAGGCUCUUAAGCUUUAUUCUUUUAUAUACUUCGUAUACUCGUACUAAUUAAUAUACUCCUUGACAUACUUUGUUUACUCUUCUUCUAUGGAGUAAUACGAAGUAUAUAAACACCCCCAUAUAUAUUACUAUUAUCUUUAAAAACACUGCUGGAUUAUAUUACAAAAUGAUAAAUUCUAUCCUCGUAGUUCUGUGUCCGGCGAUUCGCCGAUGGGCUCGUUAUAUCCUGGGGAAAGAUUUCCGGCCACCGGAAAUACUUUCUUAAGGACAGCGUCUGACGCGUCUCGAGCCAUUGUCUUUCUUGUUAUUUUUGUGUGCAGGAACUAGUUUCCGGAUGAGAGCAGAAGAGGGCGACAACCACGCUUAGAAUUGCCAUUGGAAGUUUCCGGAGAGGAAGGAAGAAGAAGCAGUUCGCUGGAAGACGUCGGCCUAUGAUGGUGGCGAUAAUAAUUCCCCAACAUAUAAUAGAGGGAGUAAACAUAAGAUGCAAAUCUUAAAUUAAAUGUAAGAGAGGCCUUAGUAUGGCCAAUGCCUCCAACAUUCUUUACCUUAUUAGUCCUAAGUGGUGUAAAGUAACAAUACAAGAUUGUGAGGAUACUCAUCAUCGUCGGGUCACUCGGAAUAUCAUGAAAGAUAAAACAGGCAAACAAUUAGUAAGCAAACCACAACUAUUCAAAAUCAAAGUUUAACACGCGUUUACAGGACAAGUGUUUCUCGGUGGCAAGACACUUGGUACCCAUAUCCACAGGAUUAAACUCGGACGGUAUCUUGCACAACUUGACUCCAACUGCGUCAACAGUAUCACGAUUAAAAUGGAACCUAACAUCAAUGUUUAGUCCUAUCAUGAUAUACUGGUUUUUGCAAAAUUGAAUUGUCGAUUGGCUAUUCAAGAAAACAACAACUCCCCGGUUGAGAAAUCCAAUUUCGGAGACAAGGCUUUUGAGCUAAAUAGCUUCCUUAAACGCUUCUGUGAUUGCAAGAUACUCAGAUUCAGUGGUAGAUAAUGCAACAAUGGGAUGUAAUUGAGAUUUUCAACGAAUGCAAGAACCAAA